AUGGCACAUGACAUGAAGUGGUCAAAAAUUCAAGUUCUUGGAAAAGGAUCCUACGGAACUGUUUAUUUAGCAAUUACAAACCGAGUCGGUUCCGCUUUCUCCUCUCCUUUUUCUGGCCUGAUAGCUAUCAAGUCAGCGGUUUUUCAAAAAUCUUUAUCGCUUCAAAAUGAGGCCAAAUUCUUACAAGACUUGGUUGACUGCCCUGAGAUUAAUGUUCAUUAUUUUGGAAACGAUUUGAGUGUUGAAAGUGGCGUAGGGUUCUAUAACUUGCAGCUAGAGUAUGCAUCAGGAGGCACCCUUGAAGAUUUAAUCAAGAAAACUGGAGGAAAAUUAGUGGAAUACGAUGUGCAAAGGUAUACUCGGAUGAUUGUUAAAGGGCUUCGCUGCAUUCAUGAAAAAGGUUACGUACAUUGCGACCUGAAGCCAGCAAAUAUUCUUGUUUUUCGUUCUAAAGAUGGUAGAGGCAUCGCUGUUAAGAUGGCUGAUUUUGGAAUAUUGAAAAUUCCGAGAGAGGAGAAUGAUUUUGUGAAGAGAAAGCUUUGCUUUCAGGGAACUCCUAUAUAUAUAUGUCUCCAGAAUCUGUUGCAUUAG